AUGGCCGAUGCACAGUUCGAUAGCGCGCUCGAUCUUCUUCGGCGUCUGAAUCCCCGCGAUACCAAGAAGAAUCUCCAAUCCAUCACCUCAAUCGUCCCUGACCUUACCGAAGACCUCCUUGCCUCUGUUGACCAGCCCCUGGAGAUUCGCAAAUGCCCCCAAACCAGCCGUGACUACCUGCUCUGUGAUUACAAUCGCGACGGCGAUAGUUAUCGAUCACCAUGGAGCAACGAGUUUGACCCUCCUCUCGAGGACGGAACGGUGCCCAGUGAGCGGGUGCGCAAGCUCGAAGUCGCGGCCAAUGAGUCCUUUGACGUAUACCGCGAGCUCUACUACGAGGGCGGCGUUGGCAGCGUGUACUUUUGGGAUCUGGACGACGGAUUUGCGGGUGUGAUUCUGUUGAAGAAGGGGGUGACACCCGGCUCCCAGAGCUCCGGUGAAUGGGACAGCAUUCAUGUCUUCGAGGCCACCGACCGGGCACGCAUGUCCCACUACAAGCUCACUAGUACCGUGAUCCUGCACCUGGCCAACGAGAACCAGGCACUCGGCGAAAUGGACCUGAGCGGCAAUAUGACCCGUCAGGUUGAGGCUGACUUGCCCGUUGAGUCGGACGCGAGCCACAUCGCUAAUGUUGGUAGACUGGUUGAGGAUAUGGAACUGAAGAUGCGGAACUUGCUACAGGAGGUUUACUUCGGCAAGGCUAAGGAUGUUGUGGGUGAGCUUCGCAGUCUGACGCCGUUGUCCGAGACAAAUCGGGACCGCGCGACGCAGCUGGAGAUGAUCAAAUCCAUGCAGAAGUAA